CUCGGCCUCUUCCUCUUCGCUUCCGAUCCUAGUGGGAGGGAUCUCCUACCACUUCCCCUCAGCACGCAACGAAACCAAAACCAACUAGCAAAGGCUGCGGUCCCACACUUGCUUCGAGAAUCUCCAUCGCCCGCCCUGACCGUCGAAAGCCAAUCACUAAACCACGCUACAAUGGCCAAAAGGAAGGCAGUCGCGGACGACGAAGAGACCGAGACCCUAGACAAACUCCAAGAAUGCGAGGACCGAAUGGAGGCCAAUAGAGACGCCGAGAUCCUAGCCCGAAUCCAAAAAUGCGACGACCGUAUCGCGAGCUGGACGAAGACGCAGAAUUCGACCGAGCAGAGCGAGGCAACCGCGGCCCGGCGCAAGAUCAAAAACCUGAGGCGGAGUAAGAGGCAGCUCGAGGUUGCGCUUGCGAAGCGUGGUAAGAUGAGAAACGGACAGACGGAUGGGGGAGAGCGGAAGUUUGGAGAGAGCGGCAAGUAUGCCGGUAUGGGAGAGGUGAGGGUUGGGCAGAACGGCAAAUAUGCGGAUCGCGGGGGCAAUGGGCUUGAGGAAGGUGUGGAGGAGCUAUUUGGAGUCGGGUUCGCUGCCGUGAAUGGCGUUCGGUUUCCUGCGCGAGAGGAGGGCGGCACUGGUGGCACCCUGGUCGAGACGGAGAAGCCGAAGAGCCUGGGUGCACUGGGGAGGUUUUGA